AUGGAGCAAAAAACAUUUCCUUCUCUUCAUCUUUUCACAGAGUUCAAACCACACAUCCUCAUGAUCUUAGCCCAAAUUUCUUAUACUUUCUUAUAUUUCAUCACUGAAGUUUCCUUUAACCAUGGAAUGAGUCCUUAUGUUUAUGUUACAUAUCGUCAUGCUAUCGCCGGGGUUGUCAUGUUUCCUUUCGCGUAUUUUCUCGAGAGAAACAUAAGACCGAAGUUGACAUUUGCUCUUUUUAUGGAGUUUUUUCUACUUGCAGUGUUAGGGAUGAGUUUAUCUAUCAACUUGUACUUUGCAAGUUUGAAGUAUACUUCUCCAACCUUUCUCUCUUCCAUGUACAACACCAUAUCUUCUCUCACCUUCAUUAUUGCAGUAGUACUAAGGUUUGAGGUUCUUGAUCUUCAUAAUCCACGUGGCAUAGCGAAAGUACUUGGAACUAUUGUAUCUUUAGCUGGAGUUAUGACCAUGACACUAUACAAAGGACCUAUAAUCAGAAAUUUGUGGCACCCUCUAAUUCAUAUUCCACCAAAAAGUGCUUCUAUCAAUGAAAGUAGCUUAAAGGGUUCACUUCUUACCGUUUCAUGUUGUAUUUUGUUUUCUAUGUCCUGCAUCAUGCAGGCAUCCACUUUGAAAAGGUAUCCUGCACAAUUAUCACUCACAACAUGGUUGUGUUUUAUUGGAGGAGCACAAUCAGCUGUUUUCACAGUGAUAGCAGAACACAAUAACCCUUCAGCAUGGAUCAUAGGAUUUAAAUUUGACUUUUGGUCAACAGUAUAUGGGGGAAUUAUUGUUGGAGGGUUGUUCAUAUAUGUUAACCUAUGGUGCACUGAGAAAAAAGGACCAGUUUUUGUGACAGUAUUUAACCCUCUUUGUACAAUAUUUGUGACAAUUCUAGCAUAUUUCGUCGUUGGUGAAAAACUUUAUUUGGGAAGUAUCAUAGGCGCAAUUAUUGUGAUCACGGGUUUGUACAUGUUGCUAUGGGGUAAAGAAGGUGACAAUGAGGUUGAUUUCAAGGCCAAGGAUAAAUUGAAGUACAAUAUUGAAGACCUUGAAGAAUGCAAAAUAUAG